AUGUCGUCUUUUCGCCUCUUGAUCGAAGAUGGCCAGUUCCGCGAUGGAUACGGUCGACAAGUAGUCCUCCGUGGCAUCAAUCUCGCUGCUGAUGCCAAACUCCCUAGCGAACCCGAUCAACCAUCUCACAUUCCCACUGACUUCUUCGACGGCGAUAAUGUAACAUUCCACCAGCGUCCUUUCCCCAAGGAAGAUGCGCGAUCCCAUUUUGCGCGCCUCAGGCGAUACGGCUUCAACACUAUCCGCUACAUCUUUACCUGGGAGGCACUCGAGGCUGCAGGGCCUGGGAAAUACGACGAAGACUUCAUCCAGCAUACGAUUGACAUUCUGAGAAUAGCAAAGGAGUAUGGAUUCUAUAUAUUCAUGGACCCUCACCAGGACGUUUGGUCUCGUUUCACUGGUGGCUCGGGAGCCCCGUUAUGGACUAUAUAUGCAUGCGGCCUCAACCCUCAGAGCUUCGCCGCGACUGAAGCAGCAAUUGUUCAGAAUACAUACCCUAACCCUGAUGAGUUCCCAAAAAUGAUCUGGUCGACCAACUACUAUCGACUUGCAGCUGGUACCAUAUUCACCAUGUUUUUUGCUGGCAAAGACUUUGCUCCAAAGUGUAUAAUUGACGGUGUGAACAUCCAGGAUUACCUGCAGGACCAUUUCAUGAGAGCAUGCGGUCAACUUGCCCAGCGAAUCCACGAGGCAGGCGACCUGGAAGAGGUCGUCGUCAUUGGCUGGGAGAGCAUGAAUGAACCAAACAAGGGCAUGACUGGUUAUAAGGAUCUUACUGUGAUCCCUAAAGAGCAUCCUUUGAAGAAGGGAACCUGCCCAACAAUGUGGCAGACGUUGUUGACUGGAAUGGGACGGGCGUGCGAAGUCGAUACUUGGGAGAUGGGCGGCCUUGGCCCUUACAAGACUGGCACAACAUUGGUCGACCCUCAUGGCGAGGUCGCAUGGCUACCAGCAGAUUAUGACGAUUCAAGAUAUGGUUGGAAGCGUGAUCCUGGCUGGAAGCUCGGCGAGUGUGUCUGGGCACAGCAUGGAGUUUGGGAUAUGGAGACCGAUACCCUCCUUCGCAAGGACUACUUUGCUAAAAAUCCGAGUACCGGUAAGGUCAUCGAUUAUCCGCAAUUCACCAAUACCUAUUUCAUGGACUUCUGGCGAAAAUAUGUCAAAACUUGCCGUGCCGUCCACAAAGACUGCAUUAUGCUUAUGCAAUUUCCUACACUCGAAUUACCGCCCGAGAUCAAAGGAACGGAAGACGAAGAUCCUCGAAUGGCGUUCACACCGCAUUACUACGACGGCAUCACACUUAUGACAAAGCACUGGAAUAGCACGUGGAAUGUUGAUGUGGUCGGAGUCUUGAGAGGCAAGUACUGGCAUCCAGCGCUAGCGAUCAGGAUCGGAGAGACGGCUAUUCGAAACUGUCUCCGGGACCAGCUCGCAACACUGAGACAAGAGGGCCUUGACCGGAUAGGAAAGCAUCCUUGCGUGUUGUCAGAAUUUGGUAUUCCCUAUGAUAUGGAUGACAAGAAAGCCUACAAGACAGGCGACUAUUCGAGCCAGUCGGCGGCAAUGGACGCCAACUAUUUCGCAGUUGAAGGAUCUCAGAUCGAAGGGCAUUGCCUAUGGACAUAUUGUGCAAGAAACGAUCACUUAAGGGGAGACUUUUGGAAUGGAGAGGAUCUGUCCAUCCUUUCGCUGGAUGACAAACCACUUCCAGAAUCCCCCGUUCCCGAAUACUCGCAGUCGUCGCUGGAUCUGGCGAGGACUGCGAUUGCGGCAAACACGAAGAAGGAUGUGGCUGAUGAUCGAAAUGUUACACCCGACAACCUCAAACGGACACUCACCAAUCCGUCCAUCAGCUCCGCGCCGUCAGCCAAGGAUCCUCAGCUAACCAACGCCCCUGGCUUCCGCGCAGCCGAAGCUUUCGUGCGCCCUACGCCGACGGUGGUAUACGGUGACAUUGUAUCCACCGGAUUUGAUUUGCGACAGUGCACAUAUCUUCUCAAGGUCAAGGCACCAAAAGCAGCACCAGAUGAGGCGCCUACGAUUGUGUAUUUGCCCGAGUACCAUUUCCCCAAAGAGCAGUGCGAAGUGGCAGUGUCCUCGGGCAAGUGGGAGCUUAGCACAGACGAUGAAGAGGGCACAACACUUCAGAAGCUCAAGUGGUGGCACGCAGAGGGAGAGCAGAGCCUCAAGAUCUCGGGUCUCGUACGGAAGCACAACGUUCCUGUAGGAUCCGAGGAGGAUGCUGGCUAUCUUGAGCAGUGUCAGCAAGGCUAUGGAUUCAAUUUUGGAAGCUGCAGUGUUAUGUGA